GAAGUCAGGACAAGCCCAGCCAUGGAGAGCAAAGUCCUCAUCUUUAUGAUGUUCCUGAUGCUCAUUAAUCCCGUGUCUUCAACGGAUGUUCAGGCCAACCCGAGUACCAACGCAACCCUCCCCUGCAAUGCGUCUGUAGCAGGAGGCCAUAUAGACGUGUCUUUGAUCAAAGUUGACUGGAUUAAAAACGGCUCUGCUAUUGCCUCGUUUGGAGAAGCAGCAACACAAAUAGAGGAAGGCUUCAGCUGGGACACCACUGAUUUCAUCAAUGGGGACUUUUCAGUCACUAUUCUUAAAGCCAGUCUCAGCCUGCAGGGGGUGUAUGAAUGCACAGUUAAUUACAACUCCUCUCUUCUUUUCUCCAGCAAUGUCACAUUCACUAUCCUUGCUCCCCCCUCUCUCUCCGUGCCUCAGCAGUGGGUGGUGUUGGAAAAGGAAGCCCAUAUUGAGUGCCGUGCUAGUGGUUUCUACCCUUCUCUUGUGUCUUUUACGUGGACCAGAGAUGGGCAAGAGAUUAAACAUCCCGAUCAGGUAGAAGGUGAGCUGGCCCUGGACGGGUACUACACAGCUGUGUCAAACCUCACUGUCUUCCCUUCCCGUGAGGACCAGAAUAUGACCUUUAGCUGCAGAGUGGCACACAGCGGCGACUACCAAGAGUUGAAUUUCCACCUAAAUAUUACCUAUCUCCCAUCUGUCAGACUCUCUGCCGUGGCAUCGCCCUCCAAAGACGUUCCUCUCACCCUUUACUGCGAUGUGGAGAGUUUCUACCCAGAGGAAAUUUCCGUGUCCUGGUAUCAAAACGGCUCGGCCCUCCCUGAACUCCCUGUUUCUGAUCAGAACCCAGAUGGCACCUUCAAGACAAGGCGCUAUUUCACUUUGAGCUCAGAGCAAAGACAGCAACGUGGGGGGGUUGAGUGUGCAGUAAACCAGCCUGGAGUAGGAUAUUCUGUCAGCGAGGCUGCAGACCUGGACCAACUGGAUCCCCUGGAUGAGUCCCCUGUGUUAAAUAAAUCCGCCAAAGCAUCUGUGGCCAUGAUGUCUAUUUCUAUAGUGCUGGUCUUCCUGCUGUGCUUCGGCUUUUCCUGGAGGAGAAGAGAUGAGAAACAGAAGUCUCUCACUGUGUCGGGAGUCAUCUUGCCUCCACGCGUGGUUGUUGGCCAAAAGGGGAGGGUGACGGUGAGCAUUGAAGGCAGGCGGGUGGACCGAGUCCAGACUGUGUGGUUUCUCAACGACACACCCAUCUGUGACACCUCUCUCACAGAAACUUCCAAAUCUAACUUUAACUGCCUAUACAACCCCCUAACCACCAUCCAUCUCCCCUACGGUCUAACUCUCACCUGCCCAGUUACAGAGAAAGGUCCUCUGCUGACCUCCAGGGGCGAGAGGGGGUACUACAAGCUGCACACUGACGGGCCGCUGCACUCCUCAAGAAAUGGCACUCAGCAUCUGGUCUCUGCACUCACAUUCAUCCCCCAGAUUUCACUCCACAAGGGCGCUGUUUUCAAGUGCCAGGUGUCCUAUGUAAACAAAGACAGGAUUGUGGAAGAAAGGGUGUCAGAGAAGUUUACGAUUCUGUCUCCUCCAGAAGUGUCAGACAUACAGUUGGCAGAGACACAAAAUGACUCAGACGUCAUCAGCAUGACGGUCCGGGCAUCGCAUUUCCAUCCAGAUGUCAUCACCUUCCGCUGGUUCUGCCAGGGCGGUGAGCUCAGUCCUGUAGCGUCCCAGGCCUCGUCCUCCCCUCGGCCAAAUUCUGAGGGAUUCUUCUCGGCCUCCAGCCAGUGCAAACUUCCCCGGAGCGAGCUGGAAAAGGGAUCCACAAAGGUGUGGGUCAGUGUUCACCACAUGGCCCUGAAGCAACCAGUCACCCGAGAAACCAGAGGCUUCAUCAAAAGGCCAUGCGUGUCCGAAAUUGUCAGCUCCAACUACUCUUCAAAUGAGACUUCAAUUCUGGGAUGUGAAAUUACCGAUUUCUACCCCCCGAACAUAUCAGUGACAUGGCUGAAGCUCAGAGAGGGAGAGGAGGAUGACAGAGAGGAGGAGGUGAUAGAGGGAGGAGAGCUGUGGGGCCCCAUACAAACUAACCCCAGACUCUUCAGGCUAACAGCCACCCUGGACCGGAGAGCAACCCAUCAGGAGAAAAAAGACAGGAGAGGAGGGAUUAUCUGCAGAGUGGAACACUGCUCUCUAGAUGAGCCGAUAGAGAGGAAGUGGAAAUAUGGUGACAUUGUUGCUCCCUCUAUUCCUCCAUCGAUCUCGGUCUGUUGGAGUAGUGAGGGCGUUGGCGUGUUCUCUCUCUUGUUGAGAGGAGGUCACCCAAAGGUAAAAUUACUCUGGACGGCGGGGGGUGCCACCCUGACAACGCUGACGUCCAGCGAGACAGAGGAGAUCGGAGACGAUGGGCAGAGAGAGUUGAAAAGUGUUUGCGCCAUGGAGAGGUCUACCAAUCUGCUAAAUCCGACAAACAAAAAGCAGGAACGGCGGAAGAACGGGCAUGCAAUAAGAACAAAUGAUGCAGUCACAGACCCUGACACUGAAGGGAUAGAAUACAUCGACGAAAAGCCAGACGAAGGGAACGCUGACAUGGACAGGAAUGUUGAAACCACGUCUGAGGGGGACGAGGACAGCGACAAAGAGACAGAGGACGACCCGAGCGCUCUGUACAUCAACAAAGUCAACGUAAGGAGGGGUCCCAGAGAAAAUGACAGAGCACGUUUACGAGUGUGUCUAGAGAUCACACACCCCGCACUCAAGCUUCCUGUAUACCGAACAUGGACAGAGCCCAAUGAGGAAAUUUCAUCAACUGCAUGAAAAACCCCACAAGAUCAUCCGUCUUUCAUACAUCUGUUGUACUGUAUCUAAUACUUUUCUCUAAAGUGAAUGAUAGCAUGAAUAUUGAACUGUAUCUAAUGUGCUUCUGUCUCAAGACCCUUAUUUGAUACAUUUUAUUCUUCUUCCUUUACUUUUUUCCACAAAUGUUUAUAUUUUUGUACAAAUACUUUUACGACAAUAAUCAGUUCGAGUGGAUUUAAAAAAAAUCGAAAUCACUGUAAAAUAAAGAUUGAAUGAUUUUGCAGGUUGCUGCAGGUUUUGUUUUUGUCUGGGAAAGUGUGUCCAAAGUCUGAAAGUCUGCUCGUGGUCAGCUGCUGCACUCAGCUCUUACUCUAAAAUAUACAUGAUCUUUUUCCACUCUGACCACAAGAACGUCACUUCUUUACAAGCAGAGGAGGUGUUGCAUGAUUGUGCUCUUUACCGAGUCCCUUAUACUCGAUGACAAGCAGCACGCACUUCUGCAGAGGUGAUACCAACAAACAGAACAUGCAGUUGUUGCCCCUUGACUGCAUUCUUUAGCUGGGGAUUUUAUAGCCCAGUCUGUAGUUUUUUUCAGUUACUGCAUGUUUUCUUCCCGAACUCUGACUCACUUAUGUUGUAUUGAUCUCUUGGUGUUCAAAAUGACCACCCACAAAUGCAGAAUAUAGAGCAUAUAUGAGGUGUACAGUUCGACAGUUUUUCUGAUGUGGUUCAGAAAUGUUGCAAAUUUUAAAUUCCCAGGUUAUGAUUUGUGUGAAAAUAAAAUCUUAUUUGCUUUUUGUAAAGGUUUUUUUUUAAUGGAAAAUGUUUUUUUUAUAAAUACAUUUCCAGUUUUUUGUGAUUACAUGCUGAAUAAAAGCAUAUUAAAGUACCCUGGAUGUAAUAAGAGGAACCUACUGUAACUGUAUUGUCUAUUAUGAGACAAUCAAGGGACCCGAAGGUGGAAUGUAACUUUUGUUAAAGGGCUAUAAUCAGUAAUGUGGCAACAGUAUAAAAUGGCAAACGUUUACUUUAAAUGUGAAAAAUGUUUAACCUCUGGAUAAAACACUUAUGGACAAAAAAACUAAUCAUUUUUCUCGCAUCAUCAGUUUACUUUACUUGUGUAGCAGCAGUGACAGCAGAGGUCUUGUCUUUACAUUACAUUUAGCAGAUGCUUUUAUACAAACCAACUUCCAACUGGGGAAAAACAAUCAAGUCACAGUAAACAUAGUAAAUUGCUAAGUGUAGAUAUGAGGGCAUGGAGUUUUGGGUUACGGGGUUAGAGAGAUAAAGCUGUUUAGGAUAUGAGAAGGCUUUUCAAAAGCUUUUUGAGAACAGAGAGGCCAGCCCUGCUGUUGCAGCAGUGGUUCCUCAAUGCUGGGAGGGUAUUUCAAGAUUGUUUUUAGUUGUUGUUCUUGCCAUUUUCAAAGAUGCAUCCUUCCUUGUUUCAAGUGACAUGUAAAACCAUUUACUGAUUUUGCAAAGUUAAAUAAAAGUUAUGUCUG